ACUCUUUGUUUAUGUAAACUAAGAUAUGUGUCUGCAUUAAAACUAAAACAAAAGGUUAAUUGUGGAAUGGUUAAUGCCUAAAUUUUGAGUGCUUCCCAUCGGAGUACAAUGAAACUCUUAUUGUAUCAUAAGACACACUAUUCCUUUCUCAUUUAAUGCCCUGGGUUCCCAAGCAUGCUUUUCCUCAAUGCAACAUUUAGAGUAGCUAUGUUCCUGAGGAGGAUGAAAGGAUUUUAGCAAAGACUUCAGUAGAACUUUUCUAAUGGUACUACCAGGUAAGCAAGAAAUUUAGUAUUUAUAAAGUGAAAAAAAUUGUUUCCCAAAUUAUGACUUUGUCAAUCGCAAAUGGCCUAUUCUUAAUAUAAUACUCAAAUUUAAAAACAACUUGAGGGAAAUUAAGUUAUUUAAAAUAAAGUUAUUACCUAAGUGUUUUACUUAGGAUUUAGCUGGCUUUAUUGGGAACAUCUGCACCCAAGCUUAUAUACUUAGGGCUACAGUAGUGGUUUGUCUUAACCUGUAUCAAAGCUAUAUUUGGUUAAAAAGGGUUAAUGGCUGUUACGUAAUCUCUGUGUUCUUAAUAACACGAUGCUGAAAUUGCAAUUCAAGGUACUUGGCAGUGUGUAACAGUGAGGGUUGAGGAGCAAGGAGAAAGAAAGCUGAGUGUAUGUGUAAGCAACUGAGGAUACAAUGGCUGUUGGUAGAUUUUGCAACUGUCAAACGUCCUAAUGACUGCUAUAUGUGAAUAGCACAUCACCAGGAUUGUUCUUGGAAGUUAGUGCUUAAGACACAAAGUCAUGGAAGUCUUCUGGUCAACAUUUAGAUUUGUAUGUGAUAAUAUGACGACUGUCUGUGAUUUUUUGCUCAUAGCUGGUAUAGUACUUUUUGGUAUAAGGCACAUUAUUAAAAUCUUUUUGUUUAGCCUUCUAAACUAAAACAACUCUCAAAACUACCAUUACAUAAACAAAAACAGAAACACAAGUCAUUCUUCUCGUUGACUGGAGAACCGGAACAGUCAGCCAAACAGUACAGAUGGAGACGUGAGAUAGUAUUAUAGUGAUGGGUCAUUCUGCUUGAGUACUGAAAUACGUUCCUUUAUUGUCUGUGUUGUGUAAAAGCAGUGAAAAAUAUAACAUAAGAAAAAGGGAAUUGAGCAGUUUUAAGCCUGAGUAGACAAGUUGAAAGUAAAUGUUUUGUCAGGAACAUAACUUGCUUGGUACAUAACUUGGGUAUGCUGGCACACAGUUGUAAUCCUAAUAUUUUGGAAGCACAGACAGUUAACAAACUGCACCCCCUUAAACCCCUUGCCUCUUUACUCUCCCCUACGUAGCCUCUUGAGGCAGGUCUUCAGGGCUGCAGGGCUUUCUGCCAGGUGGUAUGGCAUUACACAUGGCUCGUGAAGUAUCUUAAGUGUAGUCUUUAUAUGAAUAGAGUAGGAGAUCUCAUUAAAGGAAAGUCAUUAUAUCUGUUGGUACUAAUGCAAACUUAAUUGAUUAAAACAGCUGCAGAUCAAAACAGAUUUGUUAAAUAAGAACAUUGAAACCCAGCAAAACCCAGUGUGUGUUUGUUUUUUUAAAGAAAUAAUGUUUAGCAAAUUGUUUUUCUCUGUUAAAAUAAAUUCACACUAGGAAUUUAAUUGGUUGAUGUAGAGUCUUUUGAGCCUGAUAUAUUGUCAUUGUCAUAGGAAUUUUGAAAUUAUUUUGAAAAUGUACUUCAAAUUCUCCUUUCUUUCUACUUGGUUGUGUGCAUUUAUACAAUUUUAUUUUAUUUUUUAUUAAAAUUGACCCUUCUGUUAAGACAGAAAUCUAAAGUAGUCUCAACUCAGUGCUAGCCUUGGCUCAACUUGGAAAUAAGUAUAUUGCAAGUUUCUUAUCUGGACCAUUCAGGGGAUACUAUCCAUUUUGAAAAUAACUGAUAUGCCAAUAUCUGGAUUUCCAUUUUCUCCACCAGUAUAGUUGUUAAGACCACUGGCUUUGAAAUCAGCUAGAUCUAGGUCCUGGCUUUAUAUCUUAUUUAUAUAUGAUAGAUAACUUAAUUUCUUUAUUUUUGAGUGAAUUCUCUUAUUUGAAAGAUGAGGAUGAUCACAAAACACAAAAUUACUGCUUUUGUUUUCUUACUCUGAAGACUUUUAUCAUGACACAAAUGUUUGGACAAUAUCAAUUGCUUUGUUCACAUCCUAUAAGUGAAAGGAAUUAGAAAAUCAUUAAAAGGCAAAAGUGAAACUAAUAGAUAGUAGACCAGAAAGGAAGUAAUAAAGACAGUGAUAGAAUCAGAUUGUGUGCAGUGGGUACCUCUAUGAAGACGAUAUUGAGAAACAAAGAGAUUUGAUCAAUGAAUUGAAAUGUUCAAGAUCUGUAGCCAGAUUGUCUUCAAAUGCUUAUUAGUCUGCCUGUCUCAACUACCUGAGUUUAUUAUAUGAAGCAGUGUUCUGAUUUUUCCUAAAACAUUUAGCCAGUUUUCCCCUACUAGUGACUUUGUAUUAACAUUUUUUUUGUAUUGGUAGUUAUAAAGGCAUACAUGACAAGAUAGCAAUAAUAAGUCACCUACUUUAAGAUUAGUUAUUUAGGAGGCUAGUAGGAAAUAAUAAUAUGAAAAUUUCAAACACAUUUAUCUUUAGGUAUUCUUGAAUGGAAGUUCAUUAAGUUUAACAGUUGACAAAGAUCUGAGAUAAUUUUUGAAUCUAAAAGGUUAAUGCUUAUGGAGAUAUAUAGGAAUUGGGAAAUAAUGUGAGGAGACAGAAUAAAUUAGUAUAAAAUGCAUGUAGCUGUACAAAUUAAGAUUUGUCUAGCACUCCUUUCAUUACUUUGAGGUCAUUGUUUCAAUAAAGAGUGUAGGAGUUUUGAUGCAGGUUAGGUCCAGACUUGACCACAGAGAACAGAAGAGAAUGUGGGGUUUCUGCUUUGUUAUUCUCCACAUUAUUCCAGGUAGGUUACCUCACUGAAUCUGGAGCAGUGCUGGCAGCCAGUAAGAGGCAGUGGUGCUCUUGUCUCUACUCCCCACAAUGCUAGGGUUAUAGGCACACAUAGGGUCACAUCAACUUUGAUGUAGGUGUUAAGGGCUUGAACUUUGGUCUUUAUGGUUGCAGGGAGCUCUUUGACCCACUGAGCCAUCUCUCUAGUCUUUAAAGCUUCCUUUAAAGAAUUGCACUUUUUAUUAUUUUGUGGUUGGUGUACACAAAUGGCAGUGGUGCAUGUAGAGGUUACAAGGCAGCUUGUGGAAGUCACUUCUGUCUUUACAACACUUAGAUCCAUGGGAAUUAAAACUCAGUUUGUCAGGUGUGGUGACAACUGUCCUUACUUGCUGAGUUAUCUCACUGGUUUCAAGAAAUUUUCUUAACCAGGCAACGUUUGUAUAGUUUAUUCAGAAUAGCUUUAUAGGAUAUAAGUAGGCCCUUUUUUAUUUUUUAUUUUUCUUAUAGUUGUUUUCUGUUUUUGUUUGUUUGUUUGUUUGUUUGUUUUUUUGAGAGAGGGAUUCUCUGUGUAACAGUCCUGUCUGACCUCCAAUUCAAAUCACAGUGAUGCACCUGCCUCUGCCUCCUAUGUUCUGAGAUUAAAGGCGUGUGCCACCACUGCAUCCCUCCACUCCCACCCCUUUUUACUUUUACAUGUUAACAUUAAGUUCUAGGAAAAACAUACCUUUUGAGUUGUUACUGUUGUACAGAUAGCAUAUCCCUUUUUGUGUGUUUUGUAUAAGUUAUUUAAAUAUAAGAUAAGACUGCUUUUUUGUUUGUUUGUUUGUUUUGUUUUAAGAUUUAUUUUAUUUAUAUGAGUACACUGUAGCUGUCUUCAGAUAUACCAGAAGAGGUCAUCAGAUCCCUUUACAGAUGGUUGUGAGCCACCAUGUGGUUGCUGGGAAUUGAACUCAGGACCUUUGUAAGAGCAGUCAGUGCUUUUAACUACUGAGCCAUCUCUUCAGCCCCAACAAGACCGCUUUUUAUAAGUGAAAGACCAACUCUAUAAAUGGUACAAUAUGGUUAGAUCUACUUAGAAGUUAGUAUUAGAGUUUGAUAAUCAUGUACAAAACCCUAUUUUUCUUUGCAUCGUAACACAACUCUUCACUCUUAAUUCCUUAUCAUCUUCAGAGACUUUUGUCAUCUCUUACUUUUGCUACUUAGUCUUCUGAGAGUGAUUUCUUAGGCUUCACCUUUCUUCUUUAUAGGGAAGUCCAUCAUUCUUUGCACUGAGGACCUCAUUGAAGAAACAGCCAGAAUAUUUCUUGCUUCAAGGAAUCCAAUUUUAGGAAAGACUAUCCCCCGAAUCCUAAAUCUAGAACUCCAAGAAUGCUGGUCAUUAAGAAAGGUAAUACAAAAGACUUACAGCUAUCUGGAUUCCCAGUAGCAGGAAACCUCCAGUCACAGCCAGUUAAGAAUGGAACUGGUCCAAGUGUUUAUAAAGGCUUAGUCCCCAAACCUGCUGUUCCACCUACAAAACCUACACAAUGGAAAAGCCAAACUAAAGAAAACAAAGUCGGGACUUCUUUUUCUCAUGAAUCUACAUAUGGUGUUGGCAACUUUAAUACUUUUAAGUCAACGGCCAAGAAUAUUAGUCCAUCAACAAAUUCAGUGAAAGAGUGUAAUCGUUCAAAUUCUUCUUCGCCUGUUGACAAACUUAAUCAGCAGCCUCGUUUAACUAAACUGACACGAAUGCGCAGCGAUAAAAAGAGUGAAUUUUUGAAAGCAUUGAAAAGGGACAGAGUGGAGGAGGAACAUGAAGAUGAAAGUCAUGCUGGCUCAGAGAAGGACGACGACUCAUUUAAUUUGCAUAACAGCAAUACUACUCACCAAGAAAGAGAUAUAAACAGAAACUUUGAUGAAAAUGAAAUUCCACAGGAGAACGGCAAUGCCUCGAUGAUUUCUCAACAGAUCAUUCGUUCUUCGACUUUUCCACAAACUGAUGUUCUUUCCAGUUCACUAGAGGCAGAACACAGAUUAUUAAAAGAAAUGGGCUGGCAGGAAGACAGUGAAAAUGAUGAAACAUGUGCUCCCUUAACUGAGGAUGAAAUGAGAGAAUUCCAAGUUAUUAGUGAACAGUUACAGAAGAAUGGUCUGAGAAAAAAUGGUAUUUUGAAAAAUGGCCUGAUCUGUGACUUCAAGUUUGGACCCUGGAAAAACAGCACUUUCAAACCCACAAUUGAGAAUGAUGACACAGAGACAAGUAGCAGCGACACGUCGGAUGAUGACGAUGUGUGAAGGAGAUCCUCACAGCUUUAGAAAUGUUAGUGUGAUACAUCUCUCAUGCAGUUUGGGGUGAAUUGUAAAAAUGAAGAACUAUAAUUUAUGUAGUGAACCUACCCCAUUAGAAGAUGAUUUUUUGGGGGACUUCGAUAUGAAGAAAACCAAGAAUGUUGUGUUGGGCUGUGUUGAACAUUAUUUCUUUGUAAAUGAAUGUUGUAGAAAUGAGGACUUUGGUUGAUCCAACAUUGACUUUCUUCAUCACUGCAGCAUUUCUCUUGACUAGCAAUGUGACGAUGUAACAAAUGAGAUUUUCUCAUUUAAUAAUAAAAAAUUGUGUGAUGUUUUGCAAAGCUUCUGUCUUAAAAUGUUCAGGUCUUAAGGUACAAGGCAGCUUACAGUUUUGCUUGCAGAGUCCUAUCUUUUUCAAACUGUGGAAAUCUUCAACUCUACGUGUGCACCUCCUUAUCCACUCCCCCUAAAACAAAACAACAGCAAAAAGGAAAAUGUAGCAUGUUGGCUAAAACCGGAGCAGAGUGACUAAAACAUUAGCUUCUUGAACUCAACUCUUGUACUAAGUCACCUUUCCAAACAAAUUCCUCUUUAGUCUUUGGUAGCAGUGAAUGUGGGAGAGGAGACAUGCCAGGCGCUCUUCCAAGCUUCAGGAGGGGCUUGUCAGGAGCUUUGUUCGGUGUGCUGUCAGAUCAGGAUUCUCAGAGGGGAUUGCAAGAGUUGUGGGAAAACUUAUUUUGAUAAAUUAUUACACAUGCAGAAAACCUGAUCACUGACUGGAUCUGUCCACAACAUGGAAAAUAAACUGGAUUUUCAGAA